AUGCCUAAAAGUAAUCGAUGUAGUAGUACUCCAAAGUAUCCCAGAGUAAAAACUAUACAGGAACAAGAGCUAGAAGGUGAAAACAAGCAAGUUUAUGGCAAUCAAAAGGGUUAUGGAAGGCAGGAUUGCACAUCUAGGUCACCAAUUCGGCACUUCGUGCCUCAUCCCUGGCAAUCAAAAAGUGAGGGAAUGGAUUGUGAAAUGUCUUCGGCAAAUAGAUGGAUUGCAAAUUCGGCACUUUGUGCCUCAUCCGGUAAUCAAGAAAUGGCAAUUGAGAGGGAAGCAAUUAUGUGA